AUGUUCACCAAUCGCCAGGAAGGUGCAACGAGUGCAACGUACGUAGCAGCGGAAUUUCCAGCGGAAACAGUAAUCGUACCAUCGGAUGACAUCGCAGCGAGUGCCUAUAUCAAUAGUCCCAUUGUCGCUAGUGCAGCAAAUGUAGCAGCGGUCGCGACGAGCGAAGCAAUGGGAAGGAUGGACCCUGGAGUCAACGUACUGAUCAACUGUCCGGCGGAUUCGGUAAAGGCAGGAAAUCCCCCUCCUACCUCUCAGGUAAAUGUUGACGUUGCCAGUAAGCUAAAUACCAAAGGUGCAGUGCCGAAGCGAGCGACUUCCACUGCUGAGCUAAAGAAUAAGUCAUUAUCUCUGUCAAACAUCCGCGAAAGAGCCAUUCUUGUCAGGCGAAACCCGGUACGUCGCGCGCGUGCAAAUCGGUACAAAAGUUGCGAAGUGUGUGCAAAUAGUGAUAACAGUAGAAUGGUGCAGUGUGAUGGUUGCGAGAAAUGGUUUCACUUCUCCUGCGUGGAAGUUACGGAGGGCAUAUCUGAAAUCAGUUGGAUUUGCCCGUUUUGCUCAGUGGAAGAUAGCGAACAACAUCAGCAAACCCCAGUUAACGAUACCCAAACAGCGAUGCAUAUUAGUAAUCCACCCCCAAAAGAGAACAGCGAUAGAACAUCUUGCGGAAAAAAGAGUAGUAAGAAGAGCGUACAACGAAGGAUGGAACUGAGUCUGCAAAAACUUGAAGAACAGAAGAAGCUGGAACAAAAAUUUCUGGAUGAGAAGUUCAGAAUCUUGGAACAGAUGGAGAGUGACAGUGAAUCGGAGAUGGAAGAUAUCGAGAAGAUGUCAAACGUUUCUAAGUGGAUCCGUGAUACGGAACGAUGCGGAGCAGCCCAAGAUUCUGGAGUCGUAGAAGAAAAUUCGCUGGAGGAACAAGGAGCUACCUCCGGACUCGCCGAACAACUAGCAUCAGUCGGCAUCCGGCAAGUGAAUCAGCCACCGUGUUCACAAGGGGGUCGACGUAACACACUGCCGGCUUUCGUCCCUGGACAGCGUUCUACGCCACAACGGCAGCCAGCAUCUCUUCACAUGAAUCCUACAUCUACACGUUUCCAGAUGCCUCCGACGGCCUCACAAAGACUGCGCCACCCUGUGCCAUCUUCGACAUUUGGUCAAAGGCAACUCGAACCAAUUUCUGCGGAGGAGUCUGUCUGCGUCCUCAACCGGAGUCAGCUAGCCGCGCGGCAAGCGGUUUCUAAAGAUCUACCCGAAUUCGACGGAAACCCAGAAGACUGGCCACUCUUCUUCUCGAUGUACACCUCAUCGACGCAGAUGUGCGGCUUUUCCAAUGAGGAGAACAUGCUACGGCUUCGUAAAUGCCUUAAAGGCAAAGCACUUGAGGCAGUGAAAUGCAGGUUGCUCCAUCCCUCAAACGUAAGCGGAGUACUCUCGACGCUGAAAAUGCUCUACGGCAGGCCAGAAGUUAUUGUUCAUGCAGCAAUUAGAAAAGUUCGUUCACUACCACCUCCCGAGAUUGACCGUCUAGAAAGUCUCGUCAAUUUCGCACUCACCGUCGAAAAUCUGGUGGCGACAAUAGAGGCUUGUGGAGUACAGGAUUUCAUGUACAAUGCCUCGCUCAAGUUCGAGUUGGUCGAACGACUUCCAGCAACGCUAAGACUAGACUGGGCAAAGUACACACGAGGAAACCCUGCUCCAAAUCUCGGGGAUUUCAGUUCCUGGCUCUACUUCAUGGCAGAGGACGCCAGCUCAGUCAUGCAGACAUCUACCAAUGUUCCACGAGGUCGAGUCAACAAAAAAGACAAUUUCAUCAACGUACAUUGUGAAACCAGUAAUGAUCGAUCGGAAUCCCCGGAAGCCCAUACAAGCAACGUGCAUAUCCAGUCACAAGAACAGCCGAAGGAGUGUUUUGUGUGCAAAGGAGUGUGUCCGUCGAUUACGAAGUGCAAACGGUUUGCUGAACUGAGUUACGAAUCAAAGUGGGCAGUCCUGCGUGAGGCGAAACUGUGUCGUAAGUGCCUUCGAAAGCACAGCGGCACGUGUCGACAACAAAAUAGAUGCGGAGUCAACGGUUGCACUUUUCUGCACCACCCUAUGCUACACAAUGACAAAACAGAAGUCUCCAGAAGCAAUCCAACAGUAGAAUCGGCUACCAACACCAUUUGCAACGUUCAUCAAGCCCAGACGAAUGACGUUCUGUUCCGGAUCGUCCCUGUGGUACUCUACGGUCCAUCAAAGGUAGUUCAGACAUACGCUUUCAUCGAUGAUGGAUCCGAACUUACGCUCAUGGAAAAAUCUCUAGCCCAAGAGCUCGAAUUACAAGGAUCCCCCAAGGCACUCUGUUUGAAAUGGACUGGCGAUACAAUAAGAAUGGAGAACGAGUCUCAAAGAGUGAAAGUGGAAAUUUCACCCACGAGAAAUAAGGCCCAAAAGUAUAAACUGGCGGACGUUCGAACUAUAGAGAAGCUUAAGCUUCGUCCACAAACAUUGAUAGCUUCCGAGGUUCAGAAACGGUACAACCAUCUUGUUGGAGUUCCCGUCGAUUCCUACACCGAAGUAAGUCCCCGCAUCCUAAUCGGCCUAGACAAUGCGCAGCUAGGACACGCACUGAAGAGUCGAGAAGGAAAAUCAUCCGAACCGAUAGCUGUCAAAACGCGUCUAGGGUGGAUUGUGUACGGGAACUGUUCAUCCAAUCUUCGAUCCGAAAACUACGUUAACUACCAUGCUGUACAGGUGUGCGAAUGCAACGAGAACACCGAUGAGAAUCUCCACGCAAUGAUGAAAAGUUAUUUCACUCUCGACAGUAUGGGUAUAGUGAAGCCUGAAAAGCUAGUCCUGCCUACCGAUGACCAGCGUGCUAUUGAAAUGCUAGAAGCGAAAACAUUACUCAAAAAGGGCCAAUAUGAAUCCGGUCUUCUCUGGAAGUACGAAAACGUGCGACUUCCCGACAACAAGAAAAUGGCUCUCAAGAGAUGGGAGUGCUUGGAGCGGCGAAUGAAGAACGACGAAGCUUUAUCAGAGGCACUCCGUACGAAAAUGGCCGAGUACGUCCGGAAAGGAUACGCUCGAAAGUUAAAUAAAGAAGAGAUGAUGAUCCGACAUCCACGUGAGUGGUAUCUUCCUGUGUUUCCCGUAUAUAAUCCCAACAAACCAGGGAAACUAAGACUAGUCUGGGAUGCAGCAGCUAGUGUUCAUGGAAUCUCCUUGAAUUCAGUGUUACUGAAAGGUCCCGAUCAGUUGACCUCUCUCCUGUCAAUAUUGAUUCAGUUUCGAGAAUUCCGGUUCGCGGUAUGUGGAGACUUACGCGAAAUGUUCCACCAAGUUCUGAUGAGAGAAGAAGACCAGCAUAGCCAACGAUUCUACUGGAAAGAAGAUACAAGAGACGGCGCUCCGGAUGUAUACGUUAUGACGGUGAUGACAUUUGGCGCUUGCUGUUCGCCUGCGACCGCUCAGUUUGUCAAAAAUCUCAACGCAAUGCGAUUUGAACAUCAGUAUCCAGCAGCUGUUGGCACCAUCGUGAAAAAGCACUAUGUGGAUGACAUGCUUGCCAGCGUCGAGACAGAGGAAGAAGCUACACAGCUGGCACAAGACGUAAAGCAUAUCCAUGCCGCAGGAGGAUUUGAAAUGCGUAACUGGCUAUCCAACUCGACGACCGUCUUGGAAUCCCUGCAAGAAGCUGCACCCACCGAAAAGAACCUUGGAGAAGAGAGCGUCACAGAAAAGGUUUUAGGACUCUGGUGGAAUACGACAACCGACUGCUUCACCUUUAAGGUGUCUCCUCGAUACGACGAGGACCUACUGACCGGACGCCGUCGACCCACUAAACGCGAGGUACUAAGAACACUUAUGAUGAUAUUCGAUCCACUAGGGUUCAUUUCACACUUUCUCAUGUACCUGAAAGUACUGCUGCAGGAGAUUUGGAGAUCUUCGGUUGGCUGGGACAGUCCCAUAGAAGAACCACAAUUCCAGAAAUGGCUGACAUGGUUAAAAGUUUUGCCUGAGGUUGCUGGAGUUCAAAUUCCAAGAUGUUAUAGAAUAACUGCGAACCUAGACGGAUCUUGCAAAAUUCAAUUGCACACGUUUGUUGAUGCGAGCGAGAACGGUUUUGCUGCCGUCGUGUACAUUAGGUUUGAAAGGGUUGGCUUGGUAGAAACAGCUUUCGUUUGCGCAAAAACCAGAGUGGCCCCACUGAAGUUCCUUUCUAUUCCCCGUUCUGAGUUACAAGCCAGCAUCGUCGGAGUGCGACUAGCAAACAGCGUCGCGCAAUCACUAUCAACUACGAUCACUGGUCGGUACUUCUGGACCGAUUCUAAGGACGUCCUCUGCUGGUUGAACUCUGAUCAUCGACGAUACAGCCAGUUCGUAGCAUUCAGAGUGAGUGAAAUAUUGGAAUCAACUGAUGCAAAAGAGUGGCGGUGGGUGCCAACAAAACAGAACGUGGCUGACGAAGGUACCAAAUGGGCACGUCGCCCUGGCCUCAGCAGCUCUAGCCGUUGGUUUCGAGGACCGGAAUUUCUUCGAACAUCUGAAGCAGAAUGGCCUGUAGUGCUACGUUAUGGGACGACGGAUACGGAGCUACGAGCACACCUGCUAACGCAUGUUCCCAUGGUGAAAUCUAUUAUAACUCCGCAGAACUUCUCUAAGUGGACUACAAUGGUUCGAUGUACGGCUUACGUUUUCCGGUUUAUCUGCAAUUCGAAGCUGAUGGUAAAAAUGAAGCAGCGAACCAGUGGACCACUGAUGCAGCCAGAGUUAGCAAGAGCCGAAAAUUUCCUUCAUCGGCUCGCUCAAACAGACGAGUAUAGCGACGAAAUUGCAAUCCUCUUCAGUAAUCGCCGAAAUGAGACAAUGAAAACGAUUCCAAAAAGCAGCUGUAUCGCCUACUUCUGUCCCUUUCUCGAUGGAUCUGACGUUUUGAGAAUGCGAGGCCGGACCGGAGCAUGUGAACUGAUCGACUACGACGCAGUAAAUCCUAUUAUCCUUCCUCGUAAUCACCACGUUACGUAUCUGAUUGUGCUUCACUAUCAUCAAAGGUAUCACCACCAAAAUCAUAAUACCGUGCUAAAUGAAAUUCGUCAGCGGUACAGGAUUCCUCGCCUCAAGUCCGUAUACUACAAAAUACGGAAGCAAUGCCAGAAAUGUAUGAACGAAAGGGCAACACCGCAACCUCCUCAGAUGUGUGACCUGCCGCCAUCACGUCUGGCUGCCUAUUCUCGUCCGUUUACGCAUAUGGGGGUGGAUUAUUUUGGGCCUAUUGCGGUUUCUGCUAACCGAAAACGCGAGAAACGCUGGGUAAUGAUAGCCACAUGUUUAACCAUCCGCGCCAUACACUUGCAAAUUGCACACACUCUAAGUACCGAUUCUUGCAUAGUCGCUCUACGCAACGUCAUUGGUAGGAGGGGUACACCGGCGGUCAUUUAUAGUGAUCGAGGCACUAACUUCCAAGGCACUUCCAAAGAACUGCAAGCCGCCGUGGAGAGUCUGGACCAUGAACGGAUGAUGGUCGAGUUCACGACGCCUCACACCAGAUGGAGCUUCAACCCACCAGCCUCCCCGCAUAUGGGCGGAGCGUGGGAGCGCCUUAUCCGAACCGUCAAGCAAAACCUCUCCAGGCUGUUACCAGGACGCACAAUAUCCUAUGAGGUCCUUGAGAAUCUACUGAUUGAAGUAGAAAACGUGAUAAAUUCUCGACCAUUGACCAAUAUUCCCUUGGAAGACGACGAUUCUCCAGUGCUGACCCCAAAUCACUUUUUGUUAGGAUCGUCUAACGGUCUGAGGUCAUGGACACCCUUCGAUGAUUGCCCUGAAUCACUUCGUCGUUGCUGGCAGCUCUCUCAGGCCUUAACCAACCGAUUUUGGAGACAAUGGCUUCGGGACUAUCUUCCAUCCAUAACUCGCCGAACCAAAUGGUUUGAUCCAGUAAAACCCAUCGAAGCUGGAGAUAUUGUCGUCAUCGUUGAUCCGAACUUUCCGCGUAACUGCUGGCCGAAAGGACGCGUAAUUGCUACGAAACCAGGAGUUGACGGUCAAGUAAGGUCUGCAACUGUGCUGACAGCUACUGGAAUCUACGAACGUCCAGCCUUGAAGCUCGCCGUGCUAGACGUUGGCGUUUGUAAGAACACGACUCAGGAUGACCAUCGGCGUAUUCCGGGGGGGAGUGUUGACUGCGCCACGUUGGGGUACCCGACGAGCCCCAAGAGCCCCACUACGACUACUACUACCUGCGGUACUGCUCGAACGCAAUCACACCCUGGCAUCCAACAGGGGAAUGUCGGUCGUGCGAACAAUCGUACCAAGGUCAAAGAUCUACGAUACUGA